AUGGCAGAUGCUGUGAACAACAAGCCGCUCACAGAGCAUUCCGAGUAUCACAAACCCUCUAUGCGUCAUGUGGCCGGCCAGAUUGGAGCGGCACACUUGUACAUUGAGGAUGCUGAUGGCCAUGUGAUCGAGCGUGCGCGUAUUCCGCGUCCCACAAACGACCCUCGUGAUCCGCUGUCGUGGAGUGCAUCACGUCGUCAUCUAGCAUUUGUCGCCAUCUCCAGUGUUGUUUUCCUCUCCAACUUUAGCAUCGGCACUGUCACCCCCGGCUUGACCCGCAUCAUCGAGGAGUUUGACAUCUCGCUGAGCCAUGCCAGCUAUCUGAUCACCGCGCAAAUUCUGACUCUGGGCGUGGGGAACCUCUUCUGGAUUCCGCUGUGCCUGAAAUUUGGCAAGCGCCCAACGACCAUUAUUUCAGUAGCACUCUUUCUCGCAACGUCCAUCUGGUCGACCACUGCCAAGUCGUACAAUUCUCUACUCGCAGCUCGGAUUCUGCAAGGCUUUGGAGCAAGCUCAUCAGAGGCCUUGGGCCCCGCUAUUAUUGCUGAUGUCUACUUUCUUCAUGAACGCGGAACUAUGGUUGGCAUUUACACAAUGGCGAUUGCAAUCGGCGCAGCCUUUGGCGGCAUUUUUGCCGGCAUUACUGUCCACUACACGAACAGCUGGCGCUGGGGACUUGGCCUGCACACCAUCCUCACCGGCAUUUCGUUUUUGAUGAUUCUGUUCUUUUUGGCAGAGACCAACUUUGACCGCCCGGCAGAGUCAGAGCUGGGUCUUGAGGCCGUCUCCAUCUCCGACCAUGGCACAGCGGUGGAAGUGGCAGCACCACGGAGCGCUUUGGCCACGUGGGCUCACAGUUUAAAGGCUUGGGGCUGGUAUGACCACAAAACAUCUUUGCUCACGCACUUUUGGUGGCCUAUCAAGGUCAUGUACUACCCCGCCGUGAUCUGGUCCUCACUUUUAUAUGGAGUCAUCCUCGGCUGGGUUGUCAUUGAGCAAACGGUCGACGCCACAGCCUUUCCUGAGAUCUAUGGCUUCAGCGACCUCGGCGUCGGGAACCUGAACAUUGCGGCCUUUAUCGGAGGAAUUAUUGGCUGCCUUGUGGGUGGUCCUGCGUCGGACUACUUUGUUGCUUAUAUCUCCCGUAAACAGCAGGGCUACUUCAGGCCGGAGAAGCGACUUUAUUUCCUCGUUCUGGGAUUCAUUAUUGGUCCUAUCGGCUUGAUGCUCUGGGGCGCCGGACUGCAUAAUCAGCUUCACUGGUCUGUCCCCGUCGUUGGAUGGGGUAUCACUUACUGUGUACUCUGCCUCGUUCCCACCGUUGCCAUCACCUACGUUGUUGACUGUUACCGGCCGCUGGCUGGUGAAACGUUGACGGGCAUGACGGCUUUCAAGAACACGUUUGCCUUUGCGCUCAGCUUCGGCGAGGCCUCGUGGAUCGCACGCGACGGCUAUGUGGCGACUGCCGGAUAUAUGCUGCUGAUUGAGGUUGUUUUGCUGCUGACGGGCAUUCCUAUGUGUGUAUACGGUGAGAGGCUGAGGAACUGGACGUUGAAGAGCGUAACGGAAGAAGAGACUUAA